AUGCACAACCUCAUCCCUUCCUCACAGUCCAGUCAAAAUCAAAGUCCCUUGAAGCGCGCUCGUCCACCUUUGGGCAAUAUCAAACCAACUCAAUCUCAGAAGAAUGUAAUUAGAGGAACACAAGAUUCCGGAUAUUUCGAUGAAUCUAUUGCUAACUACAGCAUCUUCUCAACGCCAGAAAACAGUCAGAAAUACCUUUCCCCAAGCAAAGUCAAUGUUAUCAAGAGGAAUCGCAAGGAAACAGUAAGUUCUUUGAUGAAAAGUGACAUUAUCCUUUCUAAAUUUAGGUUAUUCCUCAUAAUAAUAUAAAAGCGACCUCAAAAUGUCCAAUUCAUCUUAUUCACCUUUCAAAGACAUUAUCUUAGGUUUUAAAAAACAUUAUUCUACCUUCUUAACCUCAUUUCCUUUAGCCUAGUCCACAAAAACAGCUUAGACUGCCUCAUAUCUUGAUUGGAAUGCGAGAAUUUGGUUCACCGACAAAACUGUGGGACGGAUUAUGUCAAUCGGCUGAUGAGAAGAUCAAUAAGAACUAUGCUCGAUUUUCUCGUGUUGUUCUUCACAGCGAGACGCAUAGUUUUGUCAGGAUUAUCAUGUACGAAAAUCUACUUCAGGUACGUUAUUUCUUAUUGUUUUUGUAUGUUUAGGUAUUAGUUGGUCGCUAAAACACCUUAUUUUAGAUCUGUGCCUCACUAAACCUCCACAGAGAAACCUUCCAUCUGGCUAUGGACCUUUGUGAUCGAUACCUAACAAGAACUGAAGAUGAUGAAGGUCUUCAAGACCAAUGUGUUAGUAUAGGCAUGGCGGCCAUCUUUGUAGCUGGAAAAAUGGAAGAGCAUCGUACACCUAGCACUAUGCAGCUGAUUGAUGCGGCUUAUCAAUGUGGUAGUGAUUGGGCAGAAUGUAAAAAAGAUCAUAUUAUUCUUGGAGAGGAAGAACUCCUAGAGAAGACUGGAUAUUAUUGUACACAGAUGACUGGCGUGCAAUGGCUAGUGUUCUUCUUGCAGUUGAUUGCUGCUCAAGGUAUGUUAUACUUGAUAUUUUUUAUGAGUUUAGAUAUCGAGAACAUAAUGUGUCUUAGAAUACAAAAUAUAAUUCCAGAUGAAUUCCACGCGCCAAGACCAAAAAAAGCGCGCAUAUCGGAGCCUUCUACUUCCGAUCUUCAUGAUUCGGACUGUGUGGAUUGGAUGUCGGAUACAUCUCAAAAUUCUUUGGCUUCCGCGUCGACUGACCAACAUUUCUCAAUGGCCGAAGGAAAACUCAGGGAAUUUGCUUGUCCAAAGUAUUUUAGGGAAGAGUUCAUUCAUUUGGCUUCGGUAAGUAGUGUUUUAGAUAGUGUUCUUUUCAAUCCUAACAUCAAUUUACGAUUGGAAAACCUUAAUACUGUUUUCUUUACAUAAGUAUAUUUAUGUUCUAAUCUUAUUUUUAUACUUUUUAGGUAUUAGACAUUGCCAUGGUCGACAAAGAGUAUCUUACCCACAGUUAUCGACAUUUGGCGGCAGCUGUCAUCUACUUGGCUAUCGAAGAAGACAUUGCUGAACAAGUUACAGGUAAGAACUAUUAUAGUGAAACCUCAGAAAUAUUUUAAAAAUGUUUAAAAAAAUAUUUUUACAGGUAUCACCAAGAAAGAAAUCCACUCAACCCUAUACUUUAUGGAGCCCUACUACCGUGCCAUGAUUCCAGAAUUCAGUAACAGCUCAAUUCUAGCCCAAUGUAAUCAAACUCGAUGUCCUAUGAGGAAAGUUUUGGAAUAUGAUGGAGCAUCGCCGUCAAGCAGAAUUAACUUUGAUCAACACAACAUCCAGCCAAUGUAUGAGAAUGCGGCAGAUCUUAUUGUAAAAGCAAUGCAAUACCGAAAAGAGAUGGACAAACUGGAGGAAGCCAAAGAGAAUAAGAAGAAGAGCAUCAAGAGGAAUCUGUUCGGAACAUCUUCUAGUCCACGGAAGAUUCUGAGCCCCAAAAAGCAUCAUUAA